AUGGCUCCCUCUAUUAACGACUUCCCCGUGGGCGACUCCACACCCUCGUCCUGCAGGGUCGGCAUCAACGGGUUCGGACGCAUAGGCCGCAAUGUCCUGCGCGUCGCUGUCAGCCGGAAAGACAUCCAGAUUGUGGCCAUCAACCACACCUGCACUUCCGUCCAAGACCUCCUCUACCUGAUCCGCUACGACUCAUCCAUGGGCAAGCUGCCAGACUCGGUCACCAUGCACGCCCUCUCAGACACCGAGAUUGUAGUCGACGGGCGGCACAUCGCACUCACCUCUGAGCGCGACCUGAAGAAGCUCGAUUGGAGCGCACUGGGCGUUGAUUACGUGGUUGAGUGCACAGGCAAGUUCACAAAGCGCGAGCAGGCCCUCGACCACGUCACGUAUGGGGGUGCCAAGCGGGUGGUUAUAUCAGCGCCCAGCUCAGAUUCACCGACGUUUGUGUACGGGGUCAACUCGGAUGAGUACCGCGCGGAUGAAUCCCGGCGGGUGGUGUCGUGCGCCAGUUGUACCACCAACUGUGUGACGCCAGUAUUGAAGGUGCUGCAUAGGGAGUUUGGCAUUACGCAGGGGUUCCUGACGACUGUGCACGCGGCCACGCGGUCGCAGCAGGUUCUGGACGGGUAUAGUAAGAAGAACAGACGGCUCGGACGCAGCGUAUUCAACAACAUCAUCCCCACCACGACAGGGGCAGCCAAGGCGAUUUCGACAGUGCUGCCCGAAUUGACGGGCAAGGUAACAGGGGUGUCGAUUCGUGUUCCCACCCCGAAUGUGUCCAUGAUCGACCUGACCGUCAGUACCGCGACGCCCACAUCGCUUCCCGAAAUUCUGGGGGCCUUUCGGCGCGCGGCCAAGAACGAGCUUGCCGGGGUCUUGAGUGUAACAGACGAGGAGCUUGUGAGCAGCGACUACUCGGGGAAUUCACACAGUGCGAUUGUGGAUGCGGCAUCGUGUAGCGAGCUGAAUCCGCAGUUCUUCAAAAUCAUGGCUUGGUAUGACAACGAGUGGGGGUACUCCAGCCGACUGUUGGACCUGACAGCGCAUGUAGCAGCGGUGAAUUAA